AUGCUGCUGCAGACUCUCGCGCUGCUGCAGCUCCCGCUCGCCGCGGUCUCACUCGCGGUCUCCGCAGUGGCCGCGACAGACCCUCGCCACGCGCCGUUGCUCUCGUGGCUCGAGCGGUGGGGCACCGAGCUCGGCCCAGUCACGCUGGGCAAGUCGAGUGUUGGCGCUGGCUACGGCGCCUUCGCGUCUCGCGACGUGACGGAGGGUGAGCUGCUCUUCUCCGUGCCCUCGACUGCGUGCGUGGGCCUCUACGACGCGUGUGGUGACGCCGACGUGGGAGAAGCUCUCGCGCGGCUCGUGGUCAAGGGGCAGGGCGGCGCGACGGUCGCGCUGGCGGGCCUGCUGGCAAAGGAGUGGCUGUGUGCCGGCGAGUCGGGGCCGCGCGGGCCGUACCUGGCGAUGCUGCCGUGGGACGCUGCGUGGCCACCCGAGGCGGAGCAGGAGCAGGAGCACUGCCUCUGGUGGUCCGAGGCGCAGGUGGACGCGCUCGAGGGGAGCCCCGCCUACUCCGACGCGGUCGGCAUCCGCGACGAGGUUGCGCUGGCGGCCAAGGUGAUCAAGUCGCUGAUCGGUGCCUCGGUGCGCAGGGCGUACAAGGAGCGGGGCGAGCCUCCGUGGGCGGUCUGGCGAGCGGAGGACGACAUCGAGCGCGCGGUGCGAGGCGCGUUCGUCUCGAUCCUCACCCGAUCCUUUACGCAGGAGGACGGCGGCGACGAGGAGAAGCGGCUGGUGCCGCUGUUGGACAUGCUGCAGCACGCCGCCGAGCCAAACGUGCGCCACGUGCAGGUCUCCGACGGCGCGGCGGAGGGCGGAGGCGGCGCGGAGGGCGGCGGGCGGCAGCGCGUGGUCGUGACGGCGCGUCGGCCGAUCGCGGCGGGCGAGGAGCUCCUCAACUCCUACGACGGGGGCGAGCUCGAGCCGGCGACCUUCCUGACGCGUUUCGGCUUCGUGCCGGGGAGGGGCGUCGGCGAGUUUGUCGACUCCAUCAGGGAGCAGGACAAAGGCAGACUGCCUUUCGGCUUCCGCAUCGGCUGA